ACUUAAGAGCAUCCCAUCCUGUCGCAAUUCUCUCCCAUUUCCAAUUUUUAGGGCACCCUUUUUCCCUCCUCCGUCUCCUCGUCGAUCGGUCCAUUUUUCCCGGGAAAUCCUGACUUCGCGAGAACUUUCCCGGGAAAUUAAUUAAUAAAUAAAUAAUGGCUAGCCAAGGAAGUUCGACGAGGAAAAGCAUGUCGUCUUCGUCGUUUCAUGGAAGGAAAAAAGCUAACGAGGGAGGAGGAGGUCCUGAUGCUUCUAGGAAAUCUCUCACUGCUUCGCGCUCUAUGGGACUAACUGGAGAGCGCACAGUAAAACGGCUACGCUUGUCAAAGGCCUUGACAGUUCCUGAGAGCACAAGCAUUUAUGAGGCUUGCCGUCGGAUGGCUGCUCGUAGAGUUGAUGCCUUAUUGCUAACCGACUCUAAUGCGUUACUUUGUGGAAUCCUUACAGAUAAGGAUUUAGCUUCAAGAGUAAUUGCUCCUGAGGUCAAUCUUGAGGAGACACCUGUUUCUAAAGUUAUGACUAGGAACCCUGUUUUUGUUCUCUCUGACACUCUUGCUGUGGAAGCUCUCCAGAAGAUGGUUCAAGGAAAAUUCAGACAUUUGCCUGUUGUCGAGAAUGGAGAGGUUAUUGCCUUACUGGACAUAGCGAAGUGUUUAUAUGACGCUAUUGCUCGUAUGGAAAGGGCUGCAGAAAAAGGAAAAGCGAUUGCUGCAGCUGUCGAAGGUGUUGAAAAAAAUUGGGGGACAUCCAUAUCUGUACCCAAUACAUUCAUUGAGACACUUCGAGAGCGAAUGUUUAGGCCUGCUUUGUCUACUAUAAUACCGGAGAAUUCAAAGGUUGUAACUGUAUCACCGUCAGAAACUGUUUUGGCGGUGACAAAGAAGAUGCUUGAAUCUCGAUCAGGCUGUGCAGUAGUGACUGUUGAUGAAAAACCCCGAGGAAUUUUUACUUCAAAAGAUAUCUUGAUGCGAGUAAUAGCACAAAAUCUUCCUCCAGAUUCAACUCUUGUAGAGAAGGUCAUGACUCCCAAUCCAGAAUGUGCAAUAAUUGAUACACCAAUUGUUGAUGCUCUGCACACCAUGCAUGAUGGGAAAUUCUUGCACCUUCCUGUGGUAGAUAGAGAUGGGAACAUAGUUGCUGUCAUUGAUGUGAUUCAUAUCACUCAUGCUGCAGUCGCCACAGUCGGGAAUAUUACUGGAGCAAAUAAUGAGACUGCAAGCACAAUGAUGCAGAAGUUUUGGGAUUCUGCCAUGGCUAUGAGUCCUAAUGAUGACGAGGAUGAGACGCGGAGUGAAGGUUCCUUGAAAAUAGCUUCUGAAGGGACAGAGACGGCGAGAUCUCUGCUCUAUCCAUCAUCAGGGUUGCCAAACAACUUUUCUUUUAAAAUUGAAGACAAAAAGGGUCGAAUGCACAGAUUUACUUGUGAGACCCGAAGUCUGACUGAUCUAAUAACUUCAAUCCUUCAGAGGCUAGGGGAUGAUAUUAACCGCAACAACUUACCUCAAAUUCUGUAUGAAGAUGAAGACCAUGACAAAGUUGUUCUGGCAUCAGAUAGUGACCUCACUACUGCUGUAGAGCAUGCAAGAUCAGCUGGUUUGAAGGGUCUGAGAUUGCACUUAGAUUAUACAGGCACACGCCGAAGGAGAGGUUCUAGUUCAGAAAGUCUUGAUUAUGCUCAAGCAGAUGCAUGGGCUUCUGCAUACAGUGCUGUUGCUGCAGGUGCUGCUCUUGUUGCUGGGUUAGGCGUAUUAGCAUACUUGAGGAGAUCUGGUUACUGAUACUCUUAAAGUUUAUACAUUCUUAACAUCUUCUUGCAGUAAUUUUUUGCAAGGGAGUUUUCUAACGAUUGAUGUUCUUAUAGAAAGGACAUAUACAAGAAAACUUCAUUCAUGGUUAUGGUUAUUCUGUAAUUCGCAUUUAUAACUGCCACUUCUGUUUAUUUUGUCAUGUGCUCCUUCACGAAUUUGGAGAUUUUUGUGUACAGGAAUUAUAGCCACCGUUCAGUUUGACUGAGGUUGCUUGUCAGAUUUAAAUAUAGACAAGGCAAGAAAAGAGCUGCUUUUUCUUGUUUUUCAAAAA